CCGCUGCAGGAGGGGUCCGGGAGCCAGAGGUCAAGGCGGCGGAGGGAGGGCCGGCUAGUGGCCACCGCCGCACAGUUCCAGGGGACUCGUGGGGGAUGUUAGCUUGCCUGUGCACGGUGCUCUGGCACCUCCCCACAGUGCCAGCUCUCAAUCGCACAGGGGACCCAGGGCCUGGCCCCUCCAUCCAGAAAACUUAUGACCUCACCCGAUACCUGGAGCAUCAACUCCGAAGCUUGGCUGGGACUUACCUGAACUACCUGGGGCCUCCUUUCAAUGAGCCUGACUUCAAUCCACCUCGGCUGGGGGCAGAGACUCUGCCCAGGGCCACGGUCAACUUGGAAGUGUGGCGAAGCCUCAAUGACAAACUGCGGCUGACUCAGAACUAUGAGGCCUAUAGCCACCUCUUGUGUUAUUUGCGUGGCCUCAACCGUCAGGCUGCCACAGCGGAGCUGCGCCGCAGCCUGGCCCACUUCUGCACCAGCCUCCAAGGCCUGCUGGGAAGCAUCGCGGGAGUCAUGGCAGCUCUGGGCUACCCGCUGCCCCAGCCUCUGCCAGGGACCGAACCCACCUGGGCCCCUGGCCCUGCCCACAGCGACUUCCUCCAGAAGAUGGAUGACUUCUGGCUGCUGAAGGAGCUGCAGACCUGGCUGUGGCGCUCAGCCAAGGACUUCAACAGGCUUAAGAAGAAAAUGCAGCCUCCAGCAGCUGCAGUCACCCUACACCUGGAGGCCCAUGGCUUCUGAUCUCUGACCUUUACUAUAUCCUCUUUUCCCCCUUCAAGUCCUGCUCCACUCUGGGAGGUUGAGGGGAGAAACCUGUAUUCCAACACUUGUUGAGCCAGGAGACAGAAGUGGGAGCCCUGUCCCUCCCUGGCCUUGGACACCGGUGUGGUGUGAUAAGCUUCAUCUCCUGCCCAGCUCCCAGAGUCCUGUGGGUCUGGAGAAGAGGUGUACAGGCACUGUCCUGUUUUCACAGAGAUAACACUCAAAGGAGUGGAAUGGCUCUCAUCUCCUUCCUGCCCAUCACUUCCAGUGCCCACUCAGCCCUCCUGCAACACUUCCAGAAGCACACAUGAAAGGCAACGGCAGGGGCCACCAUAGCAUGUGCCUUUCUGAGGCGAAGCCCCUUGGCUGCCCUUGCCUCCUUGGAUGGGUGUUGCCCUCCUACCCCAAUAUGUCCAGUUCAGGAAACAAACACGGCGAUGAGUCUAAACAAGAAGAGACAGGAUGAAAAAUGGAAGGGGUGGCCUGCACUGGAGGUGACCUAGAAACCAGAAGAUGGUAUAUUGACAGGGACAGGGACAGACAAGACCCAGCUGUCACCAAGGCAGUCGGUGGCACAGGGUGGCAAAAAAAGCCACAUCGAAUAUCAGGACCUUGCCUUGAAUUUUCUUGCCAGCAUCAAGGUGCCUCCUCUCAGCCACCUUUCCCAGGGUAUCUGUGGUUGCCCGGGCUGGGGAAGGCAGCCACAGCUACAGCCACGGGUUUCCUGAAAGUUUACAUUGCAGUAGCAUUGUGAGGUGUGGGGGGGGCGGCCCUCCCAGGCCCUGCUCCCCCAGCCCCACCCACUCAUGACUCUUAAGUUUGUUGUAUUAAUAUUUAUUUAUUUGGAGAUGUUAUUUAUUAGAUGAUAUUUAUUGCAGAAUUUCUAUUCUUGUAUUAACAAAUAAAAUGCUUGCCCCAGAAUUUAGUUUCUUUUACUUGCCUGGCCCGCCUGGGACACAUGGCUGUGCUCCUGAUCCUGCCAGCUCUUAGCUCCCACAGCCUCUCACCCCAGUGGAGUUGGUGGCACACAGAGCUUGAAGAAACAGCUCUCCUCUCUCCAGCCUGGGGCACUGUGUAACCUAGAUCCUGUCCACUCCUGCUACAAACUCUAUCAUGUCUCCGUCAUCCCAAAUGGCUCUCUCUGGGCACUUGUUCUUUUGUUUUUGGCCUUACUUCUCUACCUUAGGACAGCAUAUGUAGGAGAAAGAGAACAACUCCUGUUGGACUGCAAGAGAAUGUGAUAGAUGCUAUUU